UCAUCUUUCCUCGACCAGCAGGGUGGCAUCGGAUGCUGGAACUCUUGGAUAGUCUAGUUGUGAUGCAAGCAGCAUGAGAACAUGGCAUCAUCAACCUGCAAAGCGUCUACCUUGGUCCUCUCAUCCUUUCAUAACACUUGAUCACAGAAAAACACAACAGAAAACACAACAGAAAAAACAUGCAAGUGUUGGAACAUCCCAGGCCCUCGUCAUUGGCGUCGUCGUCGACUGAUUUUGAGAUUGUCCCUUCCUUGGCGGCUGUCAUCGAUCGGUACGAUGGGUUCCUGAUUGAUCAGUGGGGCGUCAUGCAUAACGGAAUUAUCGCCUUUGAGAAUGCUACCGAAUGCAUUCGAUUGCUGGGACAGGCCAACAAAAAACUGGCCAUUGUCUCCAACUCUCCCAGUGAUGAAGCCAAGACUUUGAAUGCCUUGGUGGACCUCGGUUUUGACGCACAGCACUUUGUAGGUGGAGCCGUCACAAGUGGCGCCUUGGCGGUCCAGUACAUCCGAGAAACCUACGGGAAGAACAAGGCCAGGGCACUGGUCUUUGGCUGGGAGCACGAGUCGGCUCCAUGCCCGCAAGAGUUUGUGGCUCAGUGUGGAGACCUAGAGAUUGUAGACUGGAAGCAUCAAAUGGAUGACGAUGUGCCACCUGCCGAUGUCAUUAUCCUGCAAGGAAACCAAGUCCUUUUGGGCCCAUCAUCUACUAGCACCACGAGCCUUGGAGACUUUGUCCUGACCGGCAACACAGAGAACAUCAUUGACCCCAUCUUAGAGAAAUGUGCCAAACACAAGAUCCCACUCAUGUGCGUAGACCCUGAUUUUAUCACCGUCGAUCCAGAUGGCACCAAGCUCUACAUGCCAGGGACCAUUGCUCGACGAUACGAAGAACUAGGUGGUUCGUGCCGCUACUUUGGAAAACCCCACGGGGAAUGCUUCCAAGAAGGUGUGAGCCGCCUGCUGUCAAUGGGUGUCUCGGAUACGUCCAAGGUGGCCAUGAUUGGAGAUUCUCUGCAUCACGAUGUCACCGGAGCCAACAGCAUUGGAUUGGAUUCCAUCUUGGUGUUGGGAGGAGUCCAUCGAAAGGAACUGGGAAAUGAGUUUGGUGACACCGUUGGUCGACAAGAAUUGGAGGCCUUGUUUGAUCAAGUGGCCCAAACACCCACCAUUGUAGCACCCAUUCUCAAAAUGUGAGCUUCUGUCGUAUCUGAGCAGUCAGGCAUCCUUUGUAUUGACAACUUUUUGAGGUUACUUGUUUGAAGUUGAAACUCUCUUCCAAGUUUUCUCUUUCACGAUAGCAACUAACUACUAGAUUCAUAUUUGGCUUU